GGGGUUAGCAUCACUGUUGUCGCUCCAGAAGGAUCUCUGUUCCUCUCCUGCAGAAGAGCGUCCCUUAAACUUCCAUAUUCCACCUCCAAGGAAGCCACGAUGAGCAGACAGGCACCUACAGUGAGAUCUGUCCUGGGACGAAGAGGCUUUAGUUCGGCUUCGGAGAUCUGUGGUCGCAGCUACGCUGCCUCUGCCUGCCAGCCUGUGCGCUGCGGAGCUGGUGCCUACAGCAGCAGGAGCGUCUGCAACCUUGGUGGAAACAGGAGAAUUUCCUACGUGAACGGGGGCUGUGGAAAUGGAUGUAUUGGAGAGCUCGGCUUCGGAGGUGUAGGCUACGGUAGUGUUGGAGGAAGGGUUGGUCUUUGUGGCCCCAGGGGAUAUAGCAUUGUGAGAGGGUACCCCGAUCGCAAGGCUGAGGGUAUCCAAGGUAUCUGCAUUGAUGAACGGCUUCUGAAGCCCCUCUGCGUUGGUGUUGACCCACUGGAACAUGAAAUACGCUGCCAGGAGAAGGAACAGAUCAAGACCCUCAACACUCAAUUUGCCUGCUUCAUCGACAAGGUCCGAUUCCUGGAGCAGCAAAACAAAGUGCUGGAAACAAAGUGGGGCCUCCUGCAGCAAUACGUCCUGCCAAAGAAAGGGAAAAACCUGGAGCUCUACUUUGAGAAUUACAUCUGCGACCUAAGGAAGCGCCUGGACUGCUUGCUCUGUGAGAAGCAAAAACUGGGCAGCGAAGAAUGUGCCACAAGCCAGCUGGUGGAGGAGUUCAAGUGCAAAUAUGAAGAGGAAAUCAACAGGCGCACAACUGUGGAGAAUGAGUUUGUGGCACUCAAAAAGGAUGCAGACUGUAUCUUUUUGAACAAGGAAGAGCUGGAGGUGAAGGUGGAUCUGUUAAGAAGGCAGCUGGAGUUGUUGAAAUGCGUGUUUGAGGAGGAACGAGCUCAGGUAGAUCGGCAGCUAUGUGACACUUCGGUCAUCGUGAAAAUGGACAACAACCGAGACCUGGACAUGGAAAGCAUCAUCAAGAACGUUGAAUGCUGGUACCAAGAAAUAGCUCAGAAAAGCAAAGAAGAAGUUGAUGCUUUCUACCAAACCAGGUUUCAAGAGCUUCAGGAUAAGAGAGGCAAGUAUUGCGACGACCUGCAGAGCAACAAGUGUGAGAUUUCAGACCUAACCCGCAUGAUACAGAAGCUGCAGUGUGAACUGGAGAAUGUGAAGAAGCAGGUCUCCUGCCUGCAAACCUCCAUUUGUGAUGUUGAGCAGCGUGGGGAUUGUGCCCUCAAAGAUGCCCGGGAGAAGCACGUUGAGCUGCAGAAUGCCCUUCAGAAAGCCAAGGAUGAGCUGGCUUGCAUGCUGCGGGAUUACCAGGAGCUGCUGAAUGUCAAGCUGGCCUUGGAUAUUGAGAUUGCAACGUAUAAGACUCUACUGGAGGGUGAAGAGAGCAGGAUAUGUGUGGGGAACCCGGUGAGCGUGUCUGUGGUCAGCAGCGGCUACAACAUCCCUGACGACUGUGGGAUGCUGGCUGCAAACGCGGCUGCGUGUGGCUACGGCUCCUUGGGAAGGCGAUCCGGACGGCAAAGCUCCCAGAAUGGAGGAUUCAGCUCCCGGAGCGCUGGGAUCCACCCCAAGAGAGUCAUUAGCUCGGUGGCCAAGCAGUGUGUCCCAGAGGUGUAUUGCCAAGCCGGAGCUGUCAACUGCAAGAAUGGGGGAUUCAGCUCCCGGAGCGGGGGUUACCCAUCCCGCACCGUCAUCAGCACGGCAAAUGGGGGCUUGAAUGCUCGCAUGGGGCCGUGCCAAGCUGGUGGGGUGGUCAGCUUUGGAAACCAGGGCUGCGUUGUCAGGCAGCUGGGGGGCUCUCCCGUCGUCGUUGCAAACAGCCCUGAGGUUGUGGGGUGCAACAACGGCGUGGUGGGGAACUAUGCGGUUGUCAGAGACCCCUGCGUUGUGCCAUAGAGCCAUCGGCUGGGAGGUGGCAGAGCCACGGUGGAGAGCAGCACUCAGAGGUGCUGAGAUGAUGCAGGGUAGUUUCUCUGCCCGACAGCAGCGACGUUUGUCACCCAGUCCGUUCCCACAUGUAUUCGUAUUAGAUAUAUACCCCACCAAGUGAUGUGUGCAGAGUCCCCAGCCCUAAAGACACAUCUAGAAAGCUUCUCCAGCAGGUGCUCAACACAGUAUUGUCGCUCUGAGUUUAUACUGUCUAGAGGAUCACAGCUUUAAGGGUUUGCUUCUUGUGCUGCCUUCUCUCUCUGGCUUUCCCCAUAAUGAGCAGAUUCACUAACAAUUUUCUCCCUUCCAAGACACCUCUUUUCCUUCCAGCUCCUGCCAAAGCAUUUCAGAGAAGAGAGCGAUGAUUUAGCUUUACCAGGAGGCGCUGCAAAGAGCACACUCCCCUUUUGAUUUCUGCCAAAGAAGAAAACCCUGAGCUGCAAAUUUGAGCUUAAAUUUUAAUCAAAGCAAUUUCAGCUUUCAAAGCACCCGCUCGUCACGCUGCAGCCAUAGGCUUUGUUUGGAAUCUGCUUACAGAUGAAUCCGUAGUACCUUCAUGCGCUUCUGCAUGCUCGGGGUGGCUAGUUCAAAGUGUGCUGUUUAGAAGAGCUCACCCCCCCAUCCCUACCCCCGGAAUUCCAAGGGAAGUUGUUGGUGCAUACAUCUUCCGAGCUGACAUCUUGUACUCACAGCAACAGGGUUUCUUUCACUGACUGCUCAGACUUCCCAGCUUUUCAUUGCGCCUUCAAUAAACUGCAUUGAAAGUA